AUGGCUGAUAGGCGGCGGAUCAACGGUCCUGUUGGGGCAACUUUGCCCCCAGUCUUCCUAAGUGACGAGUCCGCCCAGGCAAAGGCUUUUGUUACCCAGAGAUCCCGACCAGCCAAUACCACCAGAAGGAUAUAUCUCCAGACUGGCAUCACCCCGUCAGCCUCAGGUUCUGCCUACCUUGAAGUGGCAUCAGCUGGCCCGUCAGGAGCGUCAGGACUCAAGCUCAGUUGCACUGUACAUGGACCUCGUGCACUGCCGAGAUCAACUCCCUUCUCACCUCACAUCAUUCUCUCCACCCACGUCAAGUAUGCACCAUUUGCCACAAAACAAAGGCGAGGCUAUCUCCGAGAUUCAACAGAGAGGGAUCUAUCUAUCCACCUUGAGACCGCACUCCGUGGUGUCAUUAUUGCGGAUAGAUGGCCCAAGAGCGGCGUCGAUAUCAUUAUAUCGGUUCUCGAAGGAGACCAAGACCGUGCUGUGCCACAGGAUCAGGACGAGGAGAUCUGGGGGAUGAUGAACGUACUUGCCGGCUGUGUGACAGUUGCAUCAGCAGCCUUGGCAGAUGCCGGAAUCGAUUGCGUCGACACGGUCACUGGCGGUGUAGCUGCCGUCGUUGCCGAUAAGUCAGCGGAGGAGAACGCGGCUACGAUUGUUCUUGAUCCCGUCCCCUCGGAUCAUGAGCAGAUCCUAGCCGCCUGCUGCAUCGCCUAUCUACCGACCCGCGAUGAGGUUACGAAUCUCUGGUUCAAGGGAGAUCUACCGGCCUCAGACACUACUCAGUAUACUCAGCUGGUUGAACAAGCCAUCCAAGCUUCCAGGCACGCCAACCGGGUUCUGGCGGGCUCAUUGAAAGAGACUAUUGCAAGAGAUGGUUGA